AUGGCUGGCGGCAAUGAUAAUACACCUCCUCCUAAAUAUGAGCCUUUCACCGAUUACUAUCUUCAUCCGACUGAAGGUUCUCAAUUGGUGAUUUGUCCCGUGUUGCUUACCAUCGACAACUAUGAAGUGUGGUCGAGGUCAAUUCGCAACAAUCUUCGGUCCAAGAGCAAGCUCGGGUUUGUUGACGGUUCUAUUGUUCUACCCGAUCCCAAGCAUCCUAAUUUUCGUCAGUGGGGUAUUGUUAAUUCUACUGUUGUUGCUUGGAUUUAUAAUACUCUUGAUGUUAGUAUUCGUUCUACUGUUAUUAUUCCUGAUAAUGCAAAAACUUUGUGGGAUGAUUUGCGGGAUUGUUAUUCUCUUGGUAACGGUCCUCGUAUAUUUGAAUUGAAACAUGAUAUUGCUGAUUGUAAGCAACGAACUCGUUCGGUUGCGGUUUAUUAUGGUGAAUUGAACAAAUUGCAGAAUUUGUUGUCUAGUUAUGUCAAGUUGUCUGUUUGUACUUGUUCCGCUGCGAAAGAAUAUGCUAAGUUGUAUGAGGAUGAAUUAUUGCAACAGUUCUGUCUUGGUUUGGAACCUAAGAAGUUUGGUUCUGUUGUUUCUACAUUGUUGAUGAGUGAUCCUUUGCCUUCUAUGAAUGAUGCUUAUGCUAAAGUUGUUGCUGAAGAGUGUAAGAAAACUGUGUCUGAAGCACAUGAGUCCUCUUCUUCUGCGACUAAUGGUUUUAAUGCCACAGGUACGGCUUCCGGUCGCACUUCCGACCGGAUGGAGUGUACUUAUUGUAAACGGUCUGGUCAUGAUAAGGACAACUGCUACCAGCUUCAUGGCUUCCCUGGUGGGGGGCGUGGAGGUCGUGGUGGUCGCGGGGGUCGUGGAGAUAGUGGUGGACGGUCGUAUGGAAAGGGCAAGGGGGAGUUUGCUGGUGCUGCUGGUAGUUCUCGUGGUAAUAAUGAGCCGGUUUCUGAUUCCGAUCGUGGGAGUGUUCCAACGCUUUCUGAUGUUCAAUGGAAAGAACUCAUGUCUGCGGUAAAGGGUACCAAGUCUGGUUCUUCGUUAGAUGGAAACAAACUUGGUACGUAUAAUUCCAUUGAUACUGGAGCUUCAAAUCAUAUGUCUAGUAAUAUUGAUCUUUUCACUGAUUUACAUGACAUUUCUUCGCCCGUUGGUUUACCCAAUGGGAAGAGCACGACAGUAACAAAGGAAGGAAGAGUUAUUUUGUCUGAUAAAUUAAUUCUUAAUAAUGUUUUAUAUGUUCCCGCUCUUAAAUGCAACUUGUUAUUUGUGUCUCAAUUGUUAGAAAAAACAAUGCUAUUUUAUUAUGUUCACUGA